AUGGAAGUAAAGACAGAGAAGAAAUUAGAGAACAGAGGAGCAACGAGUGCUGAUGCGACAAAGAACAUCGCUGCUGCAGGUUCUGCCACCCAGCAUUGUACCGUGCUUCUGCAUGUUUUGCAACCACCCAAAUGCGACAAAGAACAUUUCCAGGUUCUGCCACUAGAAGAUAAAGCACACUCGCAUGAUGGUUUUGCAACCACAAGGGGCAACAUGGUUCUGCCACACACAGUCCUGAUGGAACAGUUAAAGAAAGAGGAACAGCUUGCACUGGCAGAGAUGCAAAGAGCUGCUGAACGUUGUGCUGGUGUAGGUUGUGAAUCAUUUUCGGGUGGAACAUCAACACGGUGGGGGGUUUCCACAGGUGUUGCACUUUCUAUUUCAAAUGCUUGCGGUACUGCUGCUUGCGGUGCUUGCGCUGCCUCCGCUUCCGCUGCUUGCGCUGCCGCUGCUUCCCCUGCCGGCGCUGCCGUCGCUUGUGCUGUCACCGUUGCCGCCGCUUGCGCUGCCGGCGCUGCCGCCGCUGCCGCUUCCGCUGCUUGCUCUUCCGCUGCUUGCGCUGCCGUUCCAUGGAGUAGUUCUUCUUCUUCUUCUUCGGCUUCGGCAUGGCCUCUAAAUUGA